AUGUCUGAUCAGACCAACCCGUUGCGGGCGUUGCUCCCGGCCCCAAAAACAUCACAACCGGUCCCUUCACGCCCACUCCCGGUAGCAUCGAGGAAACGACUACCAAGCACCAAAGUUGCUUGCAACGCUUGUCGGUCCAAGAAGAAGGCUUGCGAUGGCAAAAGACCCGCCUGCACACCUUGCACAGAGCUCAGGGUCCAAUGCGUCUAUAUCAGUGUCAACGAAACGGAGACGUCGGCAAUGGCCCUUAAACGAGAAAACCAGAUGCUCCGGGACAUGUUGACUCAGCUCACGGCGAUGCCUGAAGAUGUUGCUCAUCAGACGCUUCAGAAGCUGAAAUUCGCUGUCGACCCGUUCGCCUCCCUUCGCUCCGUUAGACCAUCCGGGCCAAAAGACCCCCGCGAAGUUCUGCCUCAUGUCCAUUCCAACAUCGAGUUUGAACUCGCAAGGAGACACCCUUCCGCGUACCCUCAAACUCGGAGAUUGUCGCGUAUGAAGAUGUCCGGGAGCAUGGGACCUAGGCCAGCUAAGGUGUCGCGGAUCGCACCCUCGGCCGGGGAGGGACUGCCAGUUCUGGGGGAUGGCAACCACCUCGUCACCGCCGAAACAGUGAAACACAGUCCUUCAGUCUCGUCAAAGACAUGUACUUGGCCAUACAACACAGCUUUCUUUGCCCCACCAAUGGGGCCCCUCCCUCCGCCUCCUCCGCCUAUUCACAAGGACCCCCGGUUGAAGAACCUUAACAUUGGUUUCUGGACCGUGGUGCCCAUAGCCGACCAAGAUGCAGCAGAUAUCAUAUCACUAUACCUAGAAACAGAUCAUCCUCUCUUGGGUUUGUUUGACGCUGACCUAUUUCUGGAUGACUUGAUUGGUAGUCGAUUUCGUUAUUGCUCUGCUCUCCUCGUCAAUGCCCUGCUUGCAUUCGCCUGCCAAGCGUACGCCGCAAAGCAGCCAGAGGCGUCUCGCUGGAGUCAAGAUUUUGAAGAAGAGGCAAGCAAGCUCUGGCUCGCGCAGAGCAAUGACACUCUGCCCACUAUCACUGCCUUGGCCUUAAUGAUCGAGUCUUGCGGAUGUAACGGCAAUGGCGAGCUGGACGUUCGAUACAUCAAGGAAGCAGUGGCCAUGGCCAAACGGAUGAAGCUCUUUGGUUGCUCCGAUGCGCUCACAUCUGUAGACCUUGCCCACAUGCCAGAAGCAGAGGCCCGAGCAACAGCUCAGGCUGCCUGGGGGGUCUUCAACGUUCUAAGCAUGACAUCCCAGUUCUAUCUACCGGCGACCACUGAAUAUCCACCGACUCUCCCGAUUCCGGGCAGAGGCGGCCUUGCUGUCCCUGUGAUCAAGGCUGAGCAGGCGCCAAGUAUCAGACCAAGCAGCCAAGCUUCUUCAUCGGGCUCGGAAUCAGGGUCCCAAUCACGUACCCCUUUGAAGAGAAGCCGAUCAUCGUCUUUGACAUCAUCUGUGUCGGAGAUUUUUGCGGCUUUUUGCGAGUUGUGGGUAAUAUCGUCUCGCAUAACAUGGAUGUAUCAACGCGAUGGCAGCCCUGGGUUUUCAUCGCAGGCCUUCGCCCUGGAGAAGUACAUAAACCUUCUGGCCUGGGCCGACAACUUGUCUGCGGGCAUGGAACGUGGCGAGUAUAGCCAGCCCCAAGUCCUUGUGUGCCACAUGUGGUUUCACGGCACAAUUCUUUACCUUCUGCGGCCGUUUAUCCCGAGCGAUCAGCAGCAUGGCUUCAAUUCAUGGUCGCCGUCGGCCGACCAGAUGCAUGCCUUCUUCGCAGCUUCUGUCGAGCAACUGAAAGAGCUGAUCGAGGUAUACGCGUCCUAUCCGCAGUCCAGGUUCAGCAUCUUUGGCCACUCGGCGCUCGUCCACGUGGCUAACGCCGUGGCCAACGACACGAGCAACCCGGAGUGGCGGCCCUACUUUCUGAGCUGUAUCCGCGGCUACCAGAGCCUCUACAGCUCGUUCACCGUUGCCGAGGUGAUUGCGGGGGGUCUAUUAUCGAUGGUGGUGAGGAAGGGUGCCAUGGACAUGGCGGAAGCCUUCGGCCUGCUGCAAGAGCUGAGGGCAAAGAAGAACCAGAAGCUCGUCCGCCGGGCGACGGGACUGUUUGUGACCGACCUCGAUCUGGCUGUGACAGACCGCGAGGCGGCAAGGGUGGAUCGGGUGAUGGAGAAGUUUGAGGAGAUGACGGUAUUGGACGAGUUCACCCAAGGUAUCGUCUGA